AUGUCUGAACUCUUCAAGGACAUCCCCGAGUUUGUAGAGACCGACAUCGGCGAGUCGGUCAUCGCACGCACCGAGACGCUAGCGUCGUUCCGCGAGCUCGGCCCCCCGGAUCUCUGUCACGUCGUCAAGUCAUAUGGCCAGAAGGCUGCACAGAAGGACAUUGGGUCAUAUCACUACUGCUCGGGUGUCGAAGCCUCCUCCUCGGCCUCGGUUGCGGCAUACUUCAACUCGCUCCAGUUCCAUGUCGAGGAGUCGCCAGCAUGGUUUGGCAAGGGCUCGGGAUGGCGCGUUCGCACCGGCACCUACUGCUGCUUCAACGCCUUCUCGCGCGUUGAUGUGCGCGUAGACGUGCGCAUUCCCGGCGGCGUGGACGCCUAUGUCGUCGAUCUGCGCGGAGACCGGCACGAGGCAACGCCAGAGAUCUGGCAGGAGACCUACUUGUCCGCCAUGCUUCGCGCUAUCCGGUACGCCGACGACGCGUCAUACCGCCUCGCAGGGUACCGCAAGCUCGACAUCAUCACGACCGUCGAGCAGGAGGAGCGGUUCCUCAAGGCGGCUGAGGAGCUCUUCUUCCAAGGAUGGCAGCUCGGCUCGGACCCCGAGGUCCAGGUCGCGACCAACAUCUCCAACCACUUGACCGCGGGUCUGCUCAAGUACUUUUCCGACUCGUUCCGCCUCGAACGGGCAGCCAACCUGUUUGAGCGGCUGUAUGCCAAGGAACCCGAGGUCGCGGCGCUGCUCGCCCAGAGCUACAUUGGAAUGAAUGAGGAGAUCAAGGCGGUCCAGAUCAUGAACCAGGCCCUUGCGAAGCUUCCCAAGUCAUAUCCUAUCCUGCUGGCCCAGGUCGACUUCUUAUUGUCCAAGGGCAAGGCAGAGUGGGCGAGACAGGUCGCGCAGCAGGCGGUCAACUCGGCACCAUCCGAGUUCCUGACUUGGGCCAAGCUGGCGGAAGCCCAUAUCCAGCUGGGACAGUACGACAAGGCGUUGCUCACCCUCAACUCGUGCCCCAUGUUCACGUUCAACGAGCGCGACCUCCACCGCAUGCCUACACCAGCGCGGACGCAUCUACCAGUGCUCAAGUACAUCGCCGACUCUGGCAUCAUCGACGAGGAGUCCGCGCGGGACAAUGAGGCCGACGUUGCCUUGUUGCGUCUGCCCGCACCAGGACUACGCGGCACGUUUGCAAAGGCGUACUCGCUCCUCGCGCUUCUGGUGUCCAAGAUCAGCUGGGAUGAGCUGCUCAAGACCCGAUCGGCCGUGUUCGUCAUGGAGGAGGAGUACCGCCAGCACAAGACCUCGGCGUCAGUAGACGUCGGCUCGGUGUCGGUUCACGGAGAAAACGGCGACAAGGGUGACGCCAAUGGCCAUGCUGAUGAGGACGCAUCGACGCGAGGAUUACACUCGCGUCCGGGUUCGGCACCGCCAAGCGAUGGAGUGCCGGCCAUUCGCGUGUCGAGCGAGUCGGAGCGCCACGGUGCCAACGGCAAUGGCUCGGACGCCGACGGCGAUGACGACGACGAGGUUGAUGACGAGGAGGUCGGACUCGAGGAGGAGGCCGAAGCGUUGCCUCAAAAACCGAAAACUCUUGUCCACGCCCCAGAGGACAAGGACAAGAACAGUGAUCAGGCGAUCACGGCAGAAGCGUACGAGGGCUCGGCAUUUGCCAACAAGAGGUUGUGUGAGCGCUGGCUCGACAACCUCUUCUUGGUACUGUACGACGACCUGCGAGUGUACACCAUCUGGCGUGCGGAGAUCUCCCACUUCCAGAUGCAGCACAUGUCGUACCGCAAGACUGGGACCGAGUGGGAGAUUCUGGGCGAGCUCGCACUGCGACUGCACCACAAGGACGAGGCCAAGGACGCGUUUGUGCGCUGCCUUGAUGCCAAGUUCUCGGCCAAGGCGCUGCUCCGCGUCCUCGAAAUCUACAGCGACGAGGGUGACCUCCAGCGCACGCUCAACGCCGCCAUCAAGCUCACAGUCUACCACAACAGGUGGUACAUGGGCGCGUGCUACCCGUCGGCUAUUGCCCACGCCAUCUACAAGCUCGGCUUGACCCACGGCCUGUCAAAGAUCGAGUACACCCUUCUCAGCAUGAACCUGCCCGAGGGCGUCUUCCCCCUCAUGGCGCAGUAUAUCAAGUACGCCAAGACGUUUAAUGUCGAGGGCUCAGAGUACUAA